AUAUGGCCGGGAAAGAUGAUAGUUCUGCGGCCAAAAAGCCGAAAACAGAUUCCUCUGAUAUCAAGUCCAUGACAAGUAAACAAUAUCUAGAUCAGAUGGUGGUUCCACAGUUGCUUAAAGCACUCACAGCGGUGAGCACAGAACGACCCCAGGAUCCUAUUCAGUUCUUGGCCGACUACCUCCUUAAACAUAAAGAUGACGUAUCAGAAACAGAAUCUGUUUCAUCUUCAUAGAUUAAUCCAGAUCAGAAUCUGUAUCAUCUACAUAGAAUAAUCUAGAUCAGAAAUUGUAUCAUCUACGUAGAAUAAUCCAGAUCAGAAACUGUAUCAUCUACAUAGAAUAUUCCAAAUCAGAAACUGUACCAUCUACGUAGAAUAAUCCAGACAAUCAUCUGUAUCAUCUACGUAGAAUAAACCAGACAAGCAUCUGUAUCAUCUACGUAGAAUAAACCAGACAAGCAUCUGUAUCAUCUACGUAGAAUAAACCAGACAAGAAUCUGUAUCAUCUACGUAGAAUAAUCCAGACAACAAACUGUAUCAUCUAAGUAGAAUAAUCCAGACAAGAAACUGUAUCAUCUACGGAGAAUAAACCAGACAAGCAUCUGUAUCGUCAAACAAAAGAGAAAAAAUCCUUGUUCUUCUUCUUUAAAAUUGUUUACAAAUUAACUAGUUCUAUGGCUGCCCGAAUACAUCACUUUAAAGGGAAUAAUGACGGAAUUUCAAGUGACUCCAUAUUUAUAGAGUACGAUUCACGCAGGUAUUGUGUCUGAUAAAGAAUGCAUAAGAUAAAUUCUCUUUUUUUUCUCGAAAAAGUGAGAAAAAAAUAUGGAAAUGUACACAAUAUCUUCCAAGGUUCAAUUUGGAAUAUCCAGUCUAUAAAUGGAGUCACUUUCUACUCUCUAUGCUUAAUUCAAAUUGCAUUGACCCCGAUCCCGUAGUUCAAAUUAUACUCGUUUUUUAAAUGUAGAGAGAUAGGUAGUUAAAUAUGUUUUGUCUUUCAGUCUUGUAAUUGAAUUUUCUUACAUUGUUGAAAUGUAUUCACUAAUUCUA